GCUAUUUCUACAAAAAAUGUACAUUGGGCUAGAUCUAGAUAUAUUUGUGAAAGUAACCCACUGAUAAAAAUCAUGGCGACGUCCCUGGUCAAAGUUAAUUUAAUUAAGUUGGCAAAGGCCACAUCAUUUUACAGACAAGUGCGAUGGUUGAACCUUCAUGAAUACCAAAGUAAAAAACUGAUGGCAGACAAUGGUAUUGCUGUACAAAAGUUUCAGGUGGCUUCAACAAAAGAAGAUGCUGCUAAGGUUGCAACCAAAAUGAAUGUUAAAGAAUAUGUAGUUAAAGCACAGAUAUUAGCUGGAGGUAGAGGAAAAGGUACAUUUGAUUCAGGCUUUAAAGGAGGUGUGCAUCUUACAAAAGACCCACAGAAAGUUAAAGAUUUAGUUGAGAGUAUGCUUGGCCACAAAUUAAUUACCAAACAGACACCAAAAAGUGGAGUUAAAGUAGAAAAGGUAAUGGUAGCAGAGGCAUUAGAUAUUGCCAGAGAGACUUACUUUGCUAUUCUAAUGGAUCGUGCUUUUGGGGGACCAGUAAUGGUUGGAAGUCCCAAAGGAGGAAUAGAUAUAGAGGAGGUGGCUGCGAAGGAACCAAGUGCAAUUUUCACUGAACCAAUAGACAUAAUCGAAGGACUUAAAGAUAGUCAAGCACUCACCAUGGCUAAAAAUUUGGGCUUUACCGGUGAAAAAACAAAACAGGCGGCUGAGCAAAUGCAUAAGUUGUACAAGCUUUUUCUGAAAGUUGAUGCCACUCAGCUGGAGAUUAAUCCAUUUGGAGAGACAAAUGAUGGGAAAGUUGUAUGUUUUGAUGCCAAAAUCAACUUUGAUGAUAAUGCCCAGUUUCGCCAAAAAGAAGUUUUUGCAAUGGAUGACAUGUCAGAAAAUGAUCCAAGGGAAGUAGAAGCUGCCAAGCACAACCUAAAUUAUAUAGGGAUGGAUGGAAACAUAGCCUGUCUGGUGAAUGGAGCUGGACUGGCUAUGGCAACAAUGGACAUUAUUCAACUUCAUGGUGGAUCUCCAGCUAAUUUUCUAGAUGUCGGUGGGACAGUGACUGAAAUACAGGUUUAUAAUGCAUUUAAACUUCUCACAGCAGAUUCACAGGUCAAAGCAAUUCUAGUAAACAUUUUUGGAGGCAUUGUAAACUGUGCAACCAUUGCAAAUGGGAUCUCAAAUGCUUACAAGUCAGUGAAUCUAACAUUGCCACUUAUAGUCAGGUUGGAAGGUACUAAUGUAAAUGAAGCAAAGAGAAUAUUAAAGGAGAGUAAAAUGCCUAUAAUAUCAGCUUCAGAUCUUGAUGAUGCUGCUAGAAAGGCAGUUUCAAGUCUCAAAUAACAAAUAAGAUUCAUGCUGCAAAGUGAGACAAGGACCUGUCAGAUGUAGCUGUGUAUUUGAAUAUCACUUAGUAUAUAGCUCACUUUUUGAAAUAUAGAUGCUAUUUUUAUAAAUAGAUUAUAAAAUAAAAUUCCAUUGACAAUAAUAUUUAUUUGUUAUUAAAGAUCAAUUGUGAUUUCAUUUUAGUUGUGAUUUUGUCAUAUGAUUGAUACAAGUGCCAAAAUAGAUUUGAAAAAUCACUCUUACUUAAGUAAAAUACAUUCCCUUGUCAUAUAUGAAACAUUAAAAGCCAUAAUUUGAGGCAAUCAAAUGUAUGGUGAAAUAGAAUAAUUAAAAUUACAAAUUUUAGAAUUCUACUCGUUUUUUUUUCUAUUGUUCUUGUAUAUAGGCCUAUGUAAUGGUUGUUUUCUGUGAUGGGAUAGUAUUAGACAAUUAGUCUUAAGUGUGUUUUUACAUACAGCUGUUAAACCAUAAAAAUAUUUUCUUUGUUAACACAAUUGUUCAUUUAGAAAAAAUAGUUUCACUUUUUUAUUGUUAUUUAUGUAAAUUGUAUAUCCUUAUGAAUUAAUCCUGUAUGACUGGUUGAAAAAGAUGACAUGCAAGGAUCAGUAUGAAUAUCACAAGAUUUUGUUGAAUUAUACAGAUUUGUUACAAACAAUGGCCUCUUCUAAACUUACCUUUUCAUUUAUACCUGUUAUAUGCUGAAGUACAGCUUAUUGGCUGCUAAUAAAUAAACAGAAAUGGGGUUUCUU